GCUAGCCUGCCAUGUUUGCGGAAGUAUUUUAUUAUUUCACAAAAUCCUCAAACUCUGCAUCAGCAUCCCUUGCUCUCUGGCAUUCAUGUUUAUUGCUCCUCUGAAAACAAUAUGAAUCUGCCAAAGGGGCCGGAUUCUUUGUGUUUUGAUAAGGACGUGUUUAUGAAGGAUGACUUCGACGUGGACCAGUUCGUGGCUGACUGCAGGAAGCAUGUCCAGCUUGAAGAGAUGCGCGAGGACCUUGAGCUCUAUUACAAACUGCUCAAAACGGCCAUGGUUGAAUUAAUCAACAAAGACUAUGCAGACUUCGUCAACCUGUCCACCAACCUGGUUGGAAUGGACAAAGCCCUUAACCAGCUGUCUGUACCCUUGGGACAGCUGAGAGAAGAAGUCCUGAGUUUAAGGUCGUCUGUCAAUGAAGUGAUCCAGGCCAUAGACAACAAACUGUCUAAACAGGACGACCUGCAGAACAAGAAGAUAUGUGUUCUGAGACUCAUUCAAGUGGUUCGGUCCGUGGAGAAAAUCGAGAAAAUCCUUCACUCCCAGAACUCCAAAGACUCUACAUCCUUGGAGAUCAGCAGUCCUUUGUUGGCAGGUCAAAUCUUGGAGAGGAUCGCCACAGAGUUCAACCAGCUGCAGUUCCAUGCAGUCCAGAGUAAGGGCAUGCCUCUACUGGACAAAGUCAGACCUCGUAUAGCCGGCAUCACAUCCAUGCUGCAGCAGUCUCUGGAAGGUCUGUUGAUACAGGGCCUCCAGACGGCCAACAUGGACAUCGUCCGCCACUGUCUCAGGACGUACGCCACCAUAGACAAGACCCGCGACGCAGAGGCCUUGGUGGGACAGGUCCUGGUCAAGCCCUACAUGGACGAGGUGAUUGUGGAGCAGCUAGUGAAGUCUGGCCCCAGCGGGCUGCAGCAGAUGUUCUCUAAGCUGCUGGAGUUUGUCCCCCACCACUGCAGGCUGCUCCGGGAGGUGACAGGAGGAGCCAUCUCCAGUGACAAAGCAGACAUUGUGCCUGGCUAUGACUUCCUGGUUAACUCUGUUUGGCCAGAGAUCAUCAGAGCAAUAGAGGAGAGGAUAUCCUUCCUGUUCAACCCAGGAAACCCUGACACCUUCUAUGAGCGCUACUCUGUCACUAUGGAGUUUGUGCGGCGUUUUGAGCGUCAGUGCGGCUCUCAGGCCAGUGUGAGGAGACUGAGAGCCCACCCCUCCUACAUUAGCUUCCAUAACAAGUGGAACCUUCCGGUCUACUUUCAGCUGCGGUACAAGGAGAUAGCCGGGGGUCUGGAGAAUGCUAUAGCCGAUGGGCUAGAAGCAGCACCAGUGGGUAGCUCCUAUCACCUGCAGGUGUCCCAGGUGCUGUGGUCCAGCUUGGUCAGGUGCUGGGCUGACCGGGUCUACCUUUCCCCUCUGGCACACCGCUUCUGGAAGCUCACCCUGCAGCUCUACUCACGCUAUGCCAGGUUCCUCACAGAGGUGCUUACUAAAACCACGCCCCCUGAAGUAAAUAAAGACCCGGUGAGGCCCCUCCCUAGCUCCGCCUCCUCCACGUCCAGUCGCACAUCUCAGGAUGACGGAGGCAGCGAGAGUGGUAGCCCCGCCUCCCUCUCUACCAAACAGCUGGUCUACAUUGCGUCUGAUGUGGAGAAGCUACAGGAACAGAUCCCAGUGGUUUCAGAGAUGAUCAGGCAGAGAAUGGAAGCCAUCGGCUUCAAGAACUUCAUCAUCAUUGAAGAGGCGCUGCGAGACUCCCAGGCCAGCCUGUCGGGCUGCCUCCCCAGUCUGGACGCCAGGAUGACCCAGCACCUGACCGACCGCAGCUGUCGCUUCCUCAAGAGCGCCUCCGAGGUGCCCCGCCUGUACCGCAGGACCAACAAGGAAGUGCCCAGCCGAGCAUCAGCUUAUAUGGAUAACGCACUACGUCCGCUGCACCAGCUGCUUUGUGAUUCCAAAGACCUGGUCAAGCCCUCUGUGGCCCAGGGCUGGCUACGGGUCACCCUGUGUGACUGCACUCACAGGUACUUUGAGACCAUCUCGGACGUGCUGAGCUCGGUGAAGAAGAUGGAGGAGAGCCUGAAGCGCCUGAAGCAGGCCAGGAAGACGGCCCCCAGCAGCACCACGGCUGCCAACGGGGGACCCACCGACGACAGCAAGAUCCGCCUGCAGCUGGCGCUGGACGUGGAGUACUUGGGGGAGCAGAUCCAUAAGAUGGGUCUCCAGCCUGAUGACAUCACCAUGUUCUCCACUCUGAUGGAGCUGGUCCAGGGUGCCCGGGAACUGGCCUCCACGGAGACGUCUGGACCGUAACCGUAGCGAGCGUGCUGCUGUGCAUUUCAACAAUAUCAAAGUGCCUUCCUCUCCUCGUCUCCUGUAGAGGUCAGCUGUAGCGCUUCGAGACCACCACCCAGGAGAUGAUCACAUCAGUGUUGGCAAAGGAAGCAAGAAAAACAAUGGCACAAGAAGAAGAGAUGCAGUGUUUUUGUUUUCUGUUUCUGUUUACAGAUGGGCCAGUGUGUAGAAAGGACAUGGUAGAAAUAGUAGCCCCUGGGAAGGAGGCGUCUUUCACAACAUCAAGAUGUCUCCCUCUUAUCUGUUUUAAGUUAUGGAAUGUGGUUGUGGGAUAUCUGUAUGUAUGUUUGUAUGGUCAGGGAAGCUAGUUAUUUCAUCGCACUAAACGGACUGUUCACAAUGUUCAAGACCACGUUAUUGCUCUGUACUUCUCAGAUAAAGGGUGAAAGUAUAUGUGUAUAUAUCGACAUAUCUGUAGGAAUGAGGAAGGUAUUGUACAUUUUAAUUGAUUAAAGCGAUCAAUGUUUUAAUAA